AUCGGAUAACAGGUGAUGUGUGUCUACAAUGUAUAUAUUAGCACCUUGUCUUACAGUAUACAGGAGAUGCAGAAAAUGCAACAUUAAAACAUGUUACGAAAUUAUUCAUUCUUGAAGUUUGGUGGUCUCUUCUCCACGAAUGCCGUCAUACCUUCUUUGCGGUCCUCAGUAGCAAACGUUCCAUAGAAGUAAGCUUUCUCGAACUGUAGGCCUGACUUUAGGGUAGUCUCGUAAGCUUGGUUGACGGCUGCCUUGGCCAUCUUCACGAUCAGGGGGGAAUGGGUGCCAAUCCUCUCCGCCAGUUUGAUGGUCUCCUCCAACAGUUUAUCAACUGGGAACACACGGCUCACGAGACCCAUUCUUUCGGCUUCGGCAGCGUCAAUGAAGUUGCCGGUGAGAACAAUUUCCAUUGCCUUGGAUUUGCCAACGUAUCUGGGCAAACGUUGGGUACCACCAGCCCCGGGAAUGGUUCCAAUGUUGAUCUCUGGCUGUCCGAAUUUGGCUUUCUCGCCAGCGUAAAUAAUAUCGCAGAGCAUAGCCAGCUCGCAACCGCCGCCCAGAGCGAAUCCAUUAACAGCUGCGAUGAUCGGUUUUCCACAGUUGGACACAUCUUCCCAGUCCUUGAGGAAUCCCUUCUUCGUGUUGUGGCUGAAAGUGUUGUUCUGCAUCUCCUUGAUGUCAGCGCCGGCAGCGAAAGCCUUCUCAUUACCAGUAAUGAUGAUGGCAGCAAUCUUCUCAUCAGCGUCGAAGUCCCUCACGGCUUGGCCGAGCUCCACGAAGAGUGGGCCACACAGAGCAUUAAGGGCCUUAGGCCUGUUGAGCUGGAUCAGACCUACAUUCUUCUUGCUACCAACAACUUCUACUUUGAUGUUUUCAUAUGCUGGCGCAGUACUAUAAAAUUUAAUAGAACCGGAAUUGGUAGCUGCCACUCUGCUCACCACAUGUUUCCCCAACAAAAUACGGGUUACAGCACCGACGGAGGCCAUUUUCUGUAUUCAGUUUUAUUUAACGACUAUAACGCCGCCUUUCUUAUCCAAUACUGAACAAUAUACAAGCCAGAUAAAACUUAACACCGGCGAAAAUAACUUCGGAAGAAUGAACUUUGAUACUACGAUAAGUUAUGAUAAGAAUAUUGAAAACGA